AUGAGCCAAUCCGUUGUACUCGCCUUUUUGGCUUUGCUCGUUGUCAGCAAUGUGAUGUCCUUGGACCAAGUCCUCGAUCAGCAAUGGCGAGACUUCACCCUGCAGCAUCGCAGGACCUAUCAGAAUGCAGCCGAAGAGCGCUUUCGCCUAAAAGUAUUCAGCGAGAACAGAAACUCGAUUGUAGAGCACAACCGGCGAUUCGCUGCCGGCAAAGUGAGCUUCAAGUUGGCCAUUAACGAGUAUGCAGACUUAACGAGCGAAGAGUUCAACGAGUUGAUGAAUGGCUUUAAUUACACCCAGCACAAGGAGAGCCACAUUGCCGAUGAGAGUUGGGAUGAGGUGACCUUCUUCUCACCGGAGUCCGUCAGCCUGCCCAGUUCCGUAGAUUGGCGCUCCAAGGGUGCCGUUACUCCUGUAAAGGAUCAGAAGCAAUGUGGCAGCUGCUGGGCCUUUGCCAGCACAGGAACUCUGGAGGGUCUGCAGUUCCGCAAGACCGGCAAGCUGGUCGCCCUGUCCGAGCAGAACCUGGUGGAUUGCUCCACCAACUGGGGUAAUCAUGGCUGCCAAGGUGGCUUCAUGACCAACGCUUUUAACUACAUUCGGGAUAAUGGUGGCAUUGACACGGAGGCCUCGUAUCCCUACAAGGGCAUAAAUGACAAGUGCAAGUACAACAAGGCGGCGAUCGGAGCCACUGUCAAGGGAUUCAGGAUUCUGCCCAAGGGCGAUGAGAAAAAGCUGGCCGAUGCGGUGGCCAACAUUGGACCCAUUUCGGUGGCCAUUGAUGCCUCUCGCAGCUCCUUCCAGUUCUACUCGUCGGGAGUGUACAACGAGCCAUCCUGCAAUUCGGAGAACUUGAAUCACGGCGUCACGGUUGUGGGCUACGGCUCGCAGUCCGGCAAGGACUACUGGCUGGUGAAGAACUCUUGGAGCACCAGAUGGGGCGACAAGGGCUACAUCAAGAUGCUGAGGAACGGAAAGAACCAGUGCGGCAUCUCCACCAUUCCAGUCUACCCGACGCUUUGAAGGGGAAAUCCCUUUUAAAGAUUUCAUUUUUAAAACGUUCCCUUAAAGCUUCAUUCCUUAUUUAAUUUAUUAUAUAAUCAUUUUCAAGCUGAUUGUAAAGUAAA